GACCGCUCCGCAUCCACGGAGGUGACUGGGCAGCAUUUGAAUCUGGGUCCUAUGCUUGCUUAUAUUGUCUCUGGCAAAACGUCACAAGUACCAUUAAUAAAACUCUCAAUUUGACAUAAAGAUUCAAAGCCUGGGUUAUUGUUCAAAAUGCUUUCAAACUUAUGUUUAAACUUAGACGAGAAUGCGUCUGGCUAUACGGAGUUCACUUGCCGAACUUUUUCCAUUAAUUGAAUAGACUCGGUCAACGCCAAACCUUGAGUUUCAAGCUGUUUGAUAUUGACAGGUAAAUUAGAGAAAUGAGUGGUGUCGUAGAUCGUUAGUGGUUUACGUGGCCUUGAUGCCCGGAUGCUUAGGCUGGACGUUCAUUGGAAGCAUAUUCGCACAGAAAAUAGGGGAAUCCCCUGGCUGCAGUACAUUGGUGCAGCUGAAGACAACCUUAUUCUUUUAAGAAAUGUUCUGAGCAUUUUGUCUCGCUCCCAGGUACAUACUAACAAAUAUAGUCAAAGAAUUGCAAUAGCCGUUCGCAUACAAGAAUUCACCAGAAUUUAUAUGAUUUCGGUCACUUUCAUAGCUGCUAUUAUAAGAUUCCUCUGCUUGAAGACCGAAUACGAAUACAACUAUACCUUAACUUACAUUGAAGAAAAAUUUGGACGAUAUGCCAUAAUUUUUGGUGCAGCAUAUUUGAUAAUAGAUAGCGCACAAGCAGCCUACACUGGUUACGCUAACGUCUGCUUCAGUUACUUUGUUCACGGAAUAGUUGUACAGUUCGUUCACAUUUUUGAAACUAUGGAAUCUAUAAGUGAACAAUACGCUCCAGUGGUUAAUCAGCUCUACGUGUAUAACUGUUUGAGACAUGUUGCCAAAGAACACGCUGAAGUUGUAAGAUCAACUCGCCAUAUCAAUAGAGUGCAUGAAAACCUUAUGCUGUCCAUUGCACUGACGAGAAUCGGUUCAAUGACAAUCUGCAUCUAUUUGACUUUAGCUGCAAGACACAUCAAUGUUCAUAUUUUAUCAAUCCAAAUGAUUUGGAUUUCGUCAAUAUUAUCGUUCUGCUAUCAGGGGCAAAAUAUUACAGACUCUGCAAACAAAUACUACAAAUUACUCUGCAAUUUGCCUUGGAACACUUGGAACGAGAGGAAUAAAAAAUUAUACCUGUUUAUGCUCAUGAACUCAAAUGAAGGUCUCAGUAUCACUUGUUAUGGUGUGAAGUUCCUAAAUCUCGUUUAUCUGAUGCAUGGACUUAAAACCAUUUAUAGUCUUGGUUGUGUUGUGGCCAAGAUGAAGUAGAUACCACUGCAAAAUACCGAAAAAGCCAUCUGAAUAGUACUUUUCUUCAAAUUAGUAAUUAUUAAUAAAGUAUGUAGUCAGCUAAACUACCUUUAUUCCUUAACGUAGUACUUAAAUCACUUUUCACCGAUUCUAUUUAUUGUCUAGUAAAUGAGACAAACCUUCUGCCAGUGUAAUUUAAAAAUGUACGUCGAUGGAUGCAAUAAACCUGAACUGAACUAAA